AUCACACAAUCCAACAUCUGUGACAACAAUAACAAAAACUUUAGAUCGAAAGAAAAAAAAUUAAAAAAUCCAUCGAAAUCUCCCGUGAACUCUUCAAAAAAUGGCUUUAUUUCGUGUCGGGCGACUUUUGCCACAAUUGACACGAGCCAAAAGUGUCCCCUGUGCAUUAUAUCACGAAAAUGUUUUGGAGCACUACGAGAAUCCCCGAAAUGUCGGCUCGUUGGACAAAAAGGCAAAAAAUGUCGGAACCGGACUUGUUGGAGCCCCAGCAUGUGGUGAUGUGAUGAAAUUACAAAUCGAAGUAGAUGAAAAUGGCAAAAUUAUCGAUGCAAAGUUCAAAACGUUCGGAUGUGGAAGUGCAAUUGCAUCAAGUAGCUUAGCUACGGAAUGGGUUAAAGGUAAAACCUUGGAUGAAGCAGGAAAAUUGAAGAAUACAGACAUUGCGAAGGAGUUGUGUUUGCCACCAGUCAAGCUACAUUGUUCAAUGCUUGCUGAGGAUGCAAUCAAGGCAGCUCUCGCAGAUUACAAGAAAAAACAAGACAAAGCGGAAUAAAAUGCGACAAAGUCAUUGUUUUUGAAAAAAAAAUCUGAUUGUACUGUACUCUAGAGUUUAAGUUUGAUAAGAAAGAGAUAAUAAAACAGCAGCGUAGCAAUUUUAUUAGAUA